CCCGCGCCGCGCCGCGCCGCGCCGCUUCCGGCUGGGGACGUGGCUCCGCGCCGCCAUCUUGUGGGGCUGCCCGAGGGGACGCCGAGCGCCGAGGGAGCGAGCGCCGAGCCCAGCGCCGCCGCCGCCGCCAUGGUGCUGUUGGCGGCUGCCGUCUGCACAAAGGCAGGGAAGGCCAUUGUCUCCCGGCAGUUCGUGGAGAUGACCCGGACCCGCAUCGAGGGGCUGCUGGCAGCUUUCCCAAAACUCAUGAACACCGGGAAGCAGCACACUUUUGUGGAAACAGAGAGUGUGCGGUAUGUUUAUCAGCCCAUGGAGAAGCUCUACAUGGUGCUGAUCACCACCAAAAACAGCAAUAUCCUGGAAGACCUGGAAACACUCCGACUUUUCUCUAGAGUGAUCCCAGAAUAUUGUCGAGCCUUGGAGGAGAAUGAGAUCUCUGAACACUGUUUUGACCUGAUUUUUGCCUUUGAUGAAAUUGUUGCCCUGGGCUACCGUGAGAACGUAAACCUGGCACAAAUUCGGACCUUCACUGAGAUGGACUCGCAUGAAGAAAAGGUGUUCCGAGCUGUCCGAGAGACUCAGGAACGUGAAGCAAAAGCUGAGAUGCGCCGUAAAGCAAAGGAAUUGCAGCAGGCUAGAAGGGAUGCAGAGAGACAAGGCAAAAAGGCACCUGGUUUUGGUGGCUUUGGUAGUUCAGCUGUGUCUGGGGGCACAACAGCAGCAAUGAUCACAGAGACCAUCAUUGAAACGGAGAAGCCCAAAGUGGCACCAGCGCCUUCCAGGCCUUCAGGUCCUAGUAAAGCUCUGAAACUUGGUGCUAAAGGGAAGGAGGUGGACAACUUCGUGGACAAACUGAAAUUGGAAGGAGAAAAUAUCAUGACUUCCGUAGGCAAACGCUCUACAGAAGCAGCCAAAGUUCUUGCACCACCCAUUAACAUGGAGAGUGUGCACAUGAAAAUAGAGGAGAAAAUUUCCUUGACUUGUGGCCGUGAUGGAGGGUUACAGAAUAUGGAGCUGCAUGGCAUGAUCAUGCUGCACAUCUCUGAUGAAAAAUUUGCACGGAUUCGCCUGCAUGUAGAAAAUGAAGACAAAAGGGGAGUGCAGUUACAGACUCACCCAAAUGUGGACAAAAAGCUUUUUACUGCAGAAUCGCAGAUUGGUUUGAAGAACCCAGAGAAAUCAUUCCCUAUUAACAGUGAUGUGGGCGUGCUGAAGUGGAGGUUGCAGACCACGGAAGAGUCCUUCAUUCCACUGACAAUUAACUGCUGGCCGUCAGAAAGUGGGAACAGUUGCGAUGUUAACAUUGAAUAUGAGUUGCAAGAGGAGAGUCUAGAACUGAACGAUGUGAUCAUCACAAUCCCUUUACCGUCUGGUGUCGGUGCCCCAGUGAUUGGGGAAAUAGAUGGCGAAUAUCGCCAUGACAGCCGGAGAAAUCUCCUUGAGUGGUGCCUGCCAGUGAUAGAUGCCAAAAACAAGAGUGGCAGCCUGGAGUUCAGCAUAGCAGGGCAGCCAAAUGACUUCUUUCCAGUGCAAGUCUCCUUCAUCUCCAAAAAGAACUAUUGCAACAUACAGGUUACCAAAGUGACCCAGGUAGAUGGGAACAGCCCUGUAAGGUUUUCUACUGAAACCACCUUCGUGGUGGACAAGUACGAAAUCCUGUAAUGCCAGCUGUGGGGAAUCACAAAGGAAAUUUUUAAAUUAAAAAAAAAAAGAGGCCGAAGUUUAUUCUGAAUGUUUGGAAUGCCGCAGCCCUCUCUCUGCUAAGACACAUGGCUCUGUCUGCCAUCUGCAGUGUCCUGGGUCACAGACAUUUUUGGCACAGAAUUGACAUGUUCAUGGGGGGAAAGGCUACAAAUUUCUUUGGCAGAUUUUUACUGGCUAGCAGAACAAGAUCUCUGCAGAGAACCUGGCUUUGACACUUCCCAUUCUCCCAUGAAGAUGACCGGAGCUCAGUCCCAGAGCCUACUAGACAUCAUGCUCUUCCUUUUUUAAUCAUCAAACACUGUUCCAUUGUUGGUGCUGCCAUUUUAAUUUCUCCUCAGCCUUCAACUCUUGCAUCUGAUGGUGAAAACAGGCAUUAAGAUGAUAUACACAAGGAUGCAGUGCUUCUCUGGACCUUUCCAUCUGGUAGAAGUGGAACAAGUUGAUCUCGGUUUCAAAGGUGGGGUACUGACAGCAGCAUAGGGGAAGAGGGCCUCACAGCUCAGUUCUCUUUGCCCCCACACUGUUAAUUGCUGUCCAUCCAGCCCUACCGUACAGCAAUGGACUUCAUCCUGGGCUCACCAGAAGUCCUUUGGGCCUUUCUUGUUGAGGCUGGGUCGGAGUGGGAUAACUGGUGGCACAGGCUGCAGCUCUGAAUGCUCUAGUUCCUGUUGCAGUGGGGAGAACAUCCAGAGGUGACUGUUCCAUCUGAGGGCUCGCUGUCUGCUGUAGUAGCUCUUGGCCAGGGUUUUAUGUCCUGGCUCAGGCUGGGUUGGUGUUUUGGCAAGUUGAGCUGCAGGGUGCCGGUGUGCAAGCAGCUGUUGAGACUGUUUUACUUCACCUCUGUGCAGAGUGGGAGUGGGGCUAGGAUCUGUCAAAAACUGGUGGUCUUUCUCAGCGCUUGGUGAUGGAGGAGAGGGGAAUGGUAGUUUCCAGAAAGCAUGCUGGGCUGAUCUGAGUGAGCAACACCCAAGUGCAGUGUUUGCUAUCCCAGUGCUGUUCCUCCUCUGACUGCCUGAAUAGUAUCACUUAUUUCAUCCCACAGUGCUGUGUUCCCCUCAAAAUACGUCCCACCUGCUUGAUUUGGGGCUAGUCACCACCUAAGUGGCAGUGCUGCUGCCCCAACAGCAUGAGGUCUGCAGGGGAGCUCCCCAGCUGCUGCUGUAGGCAAGGGCUGAGCAUGCAGGUGAUACUCAAACGGUGUCCUGUCCUCACAAGUCCUAAAAACACGUUUAGCGUGCUCCAGAGAGCACACUUCACUAAGAGUAAGCGUGCGUUGGUUCCCAUGGGGUCCUCUGCCAAAGAAGUUAGCGGUCUCUCCUCUGUUAAUAGCGCCAGUGAGGAAAUAAACCCUGAUUCUUGCCCUGGGAAGGUGAUGUGUUCUGGGGGAGGGAAAGCAAACCCUGUUCUGUAGUGAGAUAGACAAUGAAUCCUAUUAAUUCAGUUAUGUUCAAGAGUUGCUUGUCUGUAUGAUUUUAAAAUGGAGUCGAGUUCAAACAUCGAGGAAGCAUUUUUCUUAAAGUUGUUUAAGGGUAAUAUUAAAAAAAGAAAGACACCCCAACCCCAGUUUUUGUAACCCUGUACAAUAAUGGCCUAGGGAAUAGAGCACAUUCCAGUGUAUACAAAGAAUACAAAUUCUUUAAUCAAAUAAAAGAGUAUUAUAAAA